AUGGAGGACCCACUGUUAUCGGCCGCGCCCAUUAACCCCAAUAACUUCCCCGCCAAGCUGUGGCGCCUGGUCAACAGCCCGCGCUUCCGCUCCAUCCGCUGGGACGCCCGGGGCGAGGGACUCCUCAUCGAUCAGCCCUUGUUCGAAGCCGAGCUCCUGGGGGCGGGCAGCAGCGGAAUGGCCGUCGCAGGGGGAGGCGGUCCUGGGGGGGAUGGCGCCGGCCCCACCUCCGCCGGCGGCUCUUCAAUGUCUCCGUCUUCGUCGUCCGCCUCCUCCUCGCCGGAGCUGUUCAAGACAACCAAUUUCACUAGUUUCAUCCGGCAGCUCAAUCUGUACGGCUUCCGCAAAGUGGUGCUAGGUCCGCCGGGAGGAAGCGGGGGCUCUUCGUCUGGCGGCGGAUCCACCGCAGGCGCCUCAGCCGCCGCCUCGGCUCCCGGUGGCCCCUUGCACCAUUUUCACAGCCCGCACUUUCGCCGCGACCGCCCCGAUCUAUUGGUGCACCUCAAACGACUGACUAGCGCGAACAAGGCCAAGCUCGCCGCAGGCCUGGAAGUCACAAGUCGGCCACCCAACCGCUUCCAGCGCCUCCUCAGCACCUCCCUUCACGGUGGCGAGGCCCUCCUCAGCCAACAACAUCAGCACCAUCACAAUCCCCCGCCGGUACAUGCAGGGGCCGUAACUGCCAAGAACGACAAGCCCGCACCAUUGACUUUAGAACAGGUUCAUCGAUCUUUUCGGCGAGACAGUUUAUCUCCUUAUUCCUACCUGUCACCAUCAUCUCACAACCAAAAUGCUUUUCCACUGAAAGGUUCCGAUCGGACUCCUUUUCCUCCCAGAACAUGGCAGAACUCCCUUGGAAUGCUCCCAGGUCAGGUGGAAACAUCAGCUUUUUCAGACAAAGGCGUUCCAUUUCCUGUGUUGCAGAGGUUCCCAACAGAAGUAACUUAUACUCUGCAGCCCAGCUCUACAUCUGUGCAUAUUCAACAAGGGCCUCAGACAAUGGCCCCAUCUUCCCAGAAAUAUACCAGUUAUGCAGCUUCAGCACCAUACUCCCAAGCUUACUAUCCAACAGCUGUAUUGCAAUGUUGUUCUCCACCUACCCACAUGGAUCCCCUAAGUGGUUGUGGUAGUCCUACAGCCUCAAUCUAUACACACUGCAGCUAUUUUCAGAAUCCACCAAUGCAAUCUUCAUAUCCAGUUGAAUUUUUGCCUUCUAAUUGGUCCUGCAACACCUCUGAUGAAAACAAGAAGACAGAAGUCAAUCUAGAAGCCGUCUUCCAGAUUGUUGAUGAAAUGCAUUCAUCCCCAAAGCUGGAAAUGGUAAAAGUAGAACCAGUGGAGAACCAAUGUCCAACUUCACAGUCAAAUCGAAACCAGCAAUUAAUAGUUAAUUCAGGGAAUAGUGAUACAGCUUCUUCAGGUCAAACCAGCCACUUAGAACCUCUAACACCUGUAGGCUCAGAUAUCACAUCCUUUGUUGUAGAGUCUGAACAAGCUAUAGCAUGCUCCUUGCCACAGUCUCCAGAGUUUAUCUACGCUAUUCAUACCACAGAACCUGUGGAAAAUACCACAGCUCAAAUAGUGCAACAGCCUACAGUCACACCACAAACAUCAGCAAAGGUCAAGGAACAACUGAACCAGUCUUCCGCAGUGUCUCCCAUGGUAUUUGUUCAAGAGGAGCUUCCUUUCAGUCAGCCACAGGAGGAUCCUAAUAUAAAGUGUGAGACAAAUACAUCAGAGACUGUUGCAUCCUCAGAACAAAUUGGUUUCCUCGUUUCAGAGGUGGGUCCUCUCAACAAAUGUGCCAAAGAUUCAGUUUCAUCCAUCCAAACCAAAUGCAGAGAAAGAAGGAGCAGUUCACAGAAGGGCAAAUCCCCUGAUCUACAUUUGCUAGUGGAUGUGGCUUGCAAGCAAGAACAUUUUCCAAAGGAAGAAGAAUUAAGGGAGUGA